AUGGCUACAGGUAAAUUAUUAAAUGAAGGACGACCAGAUCUUCUUUCAAACAAAGAAGAUAUUCAGUUGAUUUGGCUUGAUGGAAAUAUGACUGAUUCUGAUGAUUAUCUUCUCACUCAAUCAAUGUUAAUUCAACUCAAUCCAGCUGUUCAGUUUUAUUCUCAUUUUCAUCGAUGUCUCGAUUUUAUCAAAUCAAUCAAAGACGAACAAAUCUUUCUUAUUGUUUCAGGUGCUUUUGUACAACGUAUUCUUUUACAAACUCAUCGUUGUCGAUCUUUGAUUGCUAUAUUUAUCUUUUGUUCAAACCAUCAACGUUAUAAACCAUUAAUGAAAGAAUAUAAUAAAAUUACUGGAAUAUUUACUAAACAACAUGAUUUAUUAGAAGCAAUCAAAGAAAAAAUGAAUUUUGUUGAAAAACAAACAUUAUCAUUUAGUCUUUUUGAUCAAAAACAAAAAUCAAUGAAAGAUUUAUCGCAAGAAUCAGCAUCAUUUCUAUUACAUCAAAUGUUAGUUUAUAUUCUAAAACAAAUGUCACAAGAUCAACAAUCAAAAAAACAAAUGCUUAAUAUGUGCCGUGAUUAUUACAAUCAGAAUAAACAAGAACUAAAGAAGAUUGAAGAAUUUCAAAAUACUUAUACUCAUGACAAAGCAAUUGAAUGGUACACAGAUGAAUGUUUUCUUUAUAAACUACUAAAUAAAGCACUUCGAACUGAAGAUAUUGAAUUACUCUUUACUUUUCGAUUCUUUAUUAUUGAUUUAUGUUCAGUUAUUGAGCAAGAAAAUCAACUUUUGAAAAAGCAAGGAACAUUAACUUUAUAUCGUGGAACAAAAAUUCCAAAUGAAGAAUUAAAAAAAAUAAAAGAAAAUAUUGGUAAAACUAUUUCAACAAAUGGAUUUUUAUCAACAUCACGAAAUAUCAAUGUAUCACUUGGAUUUAUUCAUAACAAUCCUCCAUUAAAUGAUUUUACAUCAGUUCUAUUUGAAAUUAAAACAAAUUCAUUAUUGAAAACAGUGAUUUUUACUGAUGUUGGAAAUAAAAGUCGAAUAGAGGGUGAAGAAGAAGUUCUUUUUAAUCUCAAUUCACUCUUUAAGAUUGUUUCUGUCUGUUUUGAUCCUAAACUUAAUAUAUGGAAGGUACUACUAAAUGCAACUGAUGAAGGUGCAGAAAAAGUAGACGAAUAUCUUGCAUUUUCGAAACAACAAAUGGAAGAAUAUUCACCACUUAUUUAUUUUGGCCGACUUCUCUUGAAUGAACUAGGUCAAGUAGAUCGUGCAGGAAAAUAUUUUAAUAUGCUAUUGAAAUCACUUCCAGAUGAUCAUCCUGAUCUUGCAGCUGUUUAUAAUCAUAUUGGUAUAGUACAUAAUAGGAGAAAAGAAUUGAAUUUGGCAUUGAAAAACUUCGAGAUAGCUUAUGAGAUCCGUCAAAAACAACUACCUUCAAAUCAUCCUCACAUUGCUGGCUCACUCAAUAAUAUUGGUCUUAUUUAUAAUGGGAAAGGUGAUUUUAAUACAGCACUCGAUUAUUAUCAACAGGCUUUGAGAGUUUACGACGACUUAUAUCCUGGUAAUAAUCUACAAAAAGCAGGCACAAUUAGAAAUAUUGGGGUAGUAUACAAGGAUAAAGAAGAUUUCGAUACGGCUCUUACUUAUCUGUCUCGUGCUCUCGAGAUGUAUAAACAUGUUCUCCCUCAUCAACACUCUGAGAUAGCACGAUGUCUCGGUUCAAUAGGAUAUACUUAUCAGAAGAAAGGUAAUUUAGAUAUUGCUCUCGAUUAUUAUCAACAACGAUUAAAUAUGGACGAACAAUGUUUACCUUUCGACCACUCAGAUCUUUCAUUUGAUCUCGAUUUGAUCAUUGAUACUUAUAAAAAAAUGAAUGAAAUUGACAAAGCCUUACACUUGUGUCAACAAAAGCUUGUUAUUGAAAAAAUUAGAUUGCCUGAAAAUCAUCCUCGUAUUGCUCGAAUAUUAAUGAUCAUGGCUGAUUUAAUUAAGGACGACAAUCACAAUGAAGCAUUACAAUACUAUGAACAAGCUCUAUCUGUAUUGGAGAAUUGCACACCAUUAGAUCAUCAACUCACUUCUCAAUGUUUGACAUCAAUGGCUCGUUUAUAUUCCAAUUAUGAUAUGAUGGAAGAUGCAUUACGAUGUGACCUUAAAGCGCUUGAAAUUGAUUCUCAAACGUUGUCUUCUGAUCACAUUUACAUCGCAAACAGUUUAAGAAACAUUGGCCUAGAUUAUAAAAAAAUGAACAACUUAUCUGAAGCACUUCGUUAUUUCAAUGAAAGUCUUUCAAUCUAUCAAGUUAAUUAUGGACCAAAACAUGAGAUGGUGAAGAGAUGUGAAGCAGACAUUGCCACAUUGAAGAACAAUAAAAAAAAUUCAAGCAAUAAGAAAUAG